AUGAACUCUCAAGGAGAAAAGUCUACUGUGCCAGGCAACAAUUUGCGUGAAGAGCAAACCAAUCCCGCAGUAUCACCCAACACAGCGGCACUGAUCAAAUUCACGAGGGAAAGUAAUUCAUGGAUUCCAAUGAGCGAGUCACAUAUUCCGUCACCAAAACACACCGGUAGUCCAGGAGUUGAUCUUGACGUUGCAUUGCGCGCACACAACUACGGCCAACCCGAUUUUUCCGCGAUCCGUGGUUUUGUAAUUGACCCCAUAGCUGGCAGCCCGUGGCCUCAUCUUUCCCCAGAGUCACGACCAGUUUCUCUACCAGGGCGCGGGCAGCUUCCCUUAAAGGCAGUCGCUCUGGAGCUGGUCAAGGAGACUUUCAACAACUAUAACAGGUUCCUUCCGCUUUUUAACGAAGAGGACUUCUUGAGAGAGUUCCACCUCAAGUACUCGACCUCUAACCCCGAAGAUGCCAGUUGGUGGGCGUGUCUCAAUGUAGUGUUGUCGAUAGCUCAUCGCCUCCGUGGCCUGCGCACAUUAGACCCCACGCAUGAGAACAAUCUAGCUGAUGUUUACACAAAAAACGCCCUAGGCGUCGUCUCCGAAUUGAACGUCGCUAGCAUCUCUGCCGUCCAAGCUCUAGUGGGUAUGGCUUGUAUUCUCCAGGGGACCCCGAAUCCGGAGCUGGCGUCGAUGCUCGUCGCCGCCGCCCUGCGACUGGCACAGGCUAUGAAUCUGCACAGAGAGGCUUCCGACCCAACCCUCACGGAAAAACAAGCCGAAAUACGGAGACGAGUGUUUUGGAAGGUAUAUGUUCUUGACAAGGAUAUCAGUCUACGGACCUGUCGACCCUUCAGCCAAGAUGAUGAUGACAUGGAUGUCCGACUGCCAUCAAAUACAAACCUUGAGACAUGUAACGUGGAGCUCUUCAACCAUCGCGUAGGACUUGCGAUUAUUCAGGGUCAGGUGUAUAAACAACUGUACUCGAUCCGGGCCGGACGACAAUCGGAGGCACAAAGGGCAAUUGCGGCACAAGAUUUAAGUUCUGUGUUGUCCUAUUGGAAGUCCAGUGCGCUGCUGGAACCCCUCGAAGACUCCCUGAUCUUGUCAGGAUCCCAAGUCGCAGGCGAGAUGAUCCAUAAGAUGGUUUUACGACUCACAUAUAUCCAUUGUCUGACAAUGAUUGAUCGCCACUUAUCCCCGACGGCGCGAUCUCCCUUCGACCAAGAAAUCAGCCGGUCUGGAAUAUUAUUACACCCGGGCAGUCUGUGCCUCGCUGAGUCACGCCAAGCGAUCCGUCUCAUUGAAGCCAUCCCUCACGGAGACUGCUCCUGCAUCUGGAUGCUUCUUCACUCUUUCUUCGCUGCAGCCAGCAGUAUGCUCUACAAUCUAACACAAAACCCGACAUCGCCGAGCGCACUCUCAGACCUCCAUCUCCUGAAGCCAUUUCUACGUCUGCUAGAUACACUUGCCAAGAAUCCAAGAGCAUACGCACAAUCCGAGGAACUCAGACAAAUGCAUAAUACUUGCACCAACUUGCACAACGAGGCAAACAAGGCUGUUCAUCUUUUCCGUCUAGAGUACACAGCGUCCUUUGCAUGA